UCUUUUCCUCCUUCUAUAUUCUCUUUUGUUUUUUUCCUCUCUUAUCCCUUCGUUUCUUCCCUUUCCCGCCUCCCAGUCUCCCCCUCACCUCUCCUACCUAUCUUGCUCUCUGCUUUCCCUUUUCUUUUUUGCUUCUCUUCUCUUUAGAUGCUUUAGGGAGACGGGGAGCUCCCAGCGCUCCUGGCCGGUUGAAUAGUGCUGGUGUAAUUUUUCUCCACUUCUCAAAUUUAAUUUGGAGUGACUAGGUGUGCAUGUGCGUGUGCGCGCGUCUGUGCUUAAGACAAGAAAGAAAAAGACCAACCGCAGAGACAGGCCGGUGGUUGUCUUUGGCGUGCCUCUCAGCACAACAGUACAACAACACGAAACAAGUGUCGGAGACUGAGAACGGCCGGUGCGUGCCCCGAUUGGCACAGCCAGCUGUCCUUGGGUCCCGCCGCUCCGGGAUUACCGUGACGUCACUUUGCUACACUUCCCACGGAGGACAGCGAAACAAUCCAAGAGCAGAAAAUAAUCUGGCUCACCAUCUUUUCUAAAGCCUCCCAGUCUGGAGCCUUUUUGAAUUUUUUUUCGCCCCCUUCCUCAUCCAUGGGGCAAUUGUGUCUCUUUAACCUGGGAGGCGGAGGGCAGCCCUCAAGAGCACUGGCCCAGUCGCAAGAGAGCCUGGCGGCUGCUCCCCUUCAAGCUCCUCCUCUCCCUCGUUCUCCUCUAACUGGGCCAAGGAGGCCGCUCUGGGAACCCGUGCGCGUCUAAGGAGGCGCUGCGAUAGCACAAUCUGCGGGUCCCCGGUACGAUUUGCGGGGCUGAGCCCGGAAACCAGACUAUACUGCGGGAAAAGGCAAAUUUUCUUUCUGUUCUUUCUUUCUUUCUUUCUUUUCUUUUCUUUUUUUUUUUUUUAAUAGCACAGAAGACGCGAUUAUGUCCUUCUCUCAGUUUGGAUACCCGUAUAGCAGUGCUUCUCAGUUUCUGGUCCCAGCAAACCCCAGCACCACCUGCUGUGAAUCGGCGCCUCGCUCAGCCACAGUCCCGGAUGGGUCCACCGGUUCGACCCAGACUUCCGCCCUCUGCUGCCAGCCUUAUGAGAAUCGACUCCUGGGCAGUGCGCGCCCGGAGCUCGGCACGGCCCUAGGAGUUUACGGCUCCCCUUACGCAGCGGCUGCUGCGGCUGCAGCCGCGGCUUCUUCUCAUGGCUACUCCAGCUACCUGCCCUACAGCCCAGAGCCUCAGGCACUCUACAGCGCCUUGAACCCUCAAUAUGAACUCAAAGAGACUACAGGCAGCUUCCCAGGUGGCUUGACACAGCCUGGAGCCUACUACCCCUAUGAACCAUCUCUGGGACAGUAUCAGUAUGAGAGGUACAGCUCUGUGGACUUCAGUGGUUCAGCCAGGCGCAAGAAUGCCACCAGAGAGACUACCAGCACUCUGAAGGCCUGGUUAUAUGAGCAUCGAAAGAAUCCAUACCCCACAAAGGGUGAGAAGAUCAUGUUAGCUAUUAUUACCAAAAUGACUCUCACCCAGGUCUCUACCUGGUUUGCCAAUGCUCGGAGACGUCUCAAGAAAGAAAACAAGAUGACUUGGUCUCCCAAGAACAAGGCAGGAGAGGAGAAAAAGGAGGAGAGGAGAGAAGACAGUUAUGGAGCAAAUGAAGGCCAAGUUUCCGAUUUAUCUGCAGAUCCAAAAGCCUGCAAAAAGGUCAAACAACUAAGGCUCAGUGACCUGGAAGACUUAGAGGAAGAAGGUGAGGAAGAGGAGGAAGAAGAAGAAGAAAUUGAAGACAAGGGCCAAGGGAAUGGGACAGAUAAACGGGAGAGGCUAGGAAAGAGUGCAAAGCUAGAUUCAGCAACCAAUUUUCAGGCUUCACAGACUGAGUUUGAAAAAGGGAACCGUAACCUGAAGCUGCAUGGAACUCCACCUGAGUACUCUUGUAAUCUACCCUGCUCUCAGCGAUCAGACUUCUUGGAAGCCUGGACGGUACCAGCAGGCCAGAUUCACUGUGGGCCAAGUGAAAAGCCCCGGAUCUGGUCUCUGGCUCACACUGCAGGGGCCAGUGUCCUAGCAGAAGAAUCCCAAGUGCAGACUGGGCCCCAGAGCCCUCAUCGCCUGCAGGCCCCAGGGAGACUUUCCUCUUUGGGUCACGAUUGUGAAGGGACAGCCAUAACUGGAAUGAGGGGCCAGGCUAGCCACUGCACCACGUUAGAGGAACCAUCCCAUGCUGCCAAGAUCUGUAGAAAUUCGACUUUCAGCCUCCAGCAUUUGCAGCUAAACUGCGCCUCUUACCCUGGGCUGGGAGAGCCUUGCCAAUAUGCAUCUGGAGCAGAAGCAGGUUAGCACAAGAGUUGAGAUUUGAAGAAGAACCUUGGGAGCCGUUAGGUUUACCAAAGCGCGCCCCUAAGCAAGCCCAGAGACUGACACGCUGUUUUCUCUGAU